AUGUCGGCGCGCCGGGGUCCUAUGCUGGGCCUGAAGCAGUUUCUGCAGCGUGCCGAGGUCCUCUCGCUCUAUCGGCAGUAUCUUCGCGCGACACGGCCCGUUCCGACGCUUUCCGCGCGGCGCGAGACCAUCGCGUGGUUCCGCGACGAGUUUGAAAGGACUCGCCACGAGACACAGACCGACAAGGUCGACUCGCUGCUCAAGCACGGCCGCAUCCUCCUCAAGCAGACCGAGUCUGGGUUCAUGCUGAGCGGCACGGGUGAGCCGUUUGUAAAAUUACGAGGCGAACGUACAUAG